CAGCUGGGCUGUUUUAACUCUUUCCGGAUGAGCUAUCAGAACAUCAAGGCGGAUGCUGCUCCUGCUUCCGGCACUUCCAUCUCAUCCACCGAUAAUGAACUGAACGACGAUCGUAGAGAUAAUCUUGCAGCUCCGGUGAAUCCCCACCGUGGGCAACCGAUUUUCGUGGACACCAAUGUUCAAGCGGAUAACAAUGCAAUCCCUACGGAUGAGAUCGAGCAAACAGAGGUUUCAAAAGAAAAGCCUGUGACAUGGAUGUCUCUACCGAGAAAAGACCAGCUAUUUAUCCUUACGUUCGCCCGACUGUCCGAGCCCUUGACGCAGACUGGUCUAGGUUCUUAUAUCUAUUACCAAUUGCGGUCUUUCAACCCUGAUCUCCCGGACUCAACAAUCUCAUACCAAGCGGGUAUUAUCCACGCGGCGUUUCCAGCAGCACAGUUCCUCACCGCCAUGCUCUGGGGGCGAUUCGCAGAUUCCGAGCGUGGUGGGAGGAAGCGCGUGAUUUGGAUCGGUUUGCUGGGGACCUGUUUGUCCAUGAUCGGGUUUGGGUUCUCUCGAAGUUUCGAGAUGGCUGUGCUUUUCAGAUGUGUAGGUGGAAUUCUGAAUGGAAAUGUUGGGGUGAUGCGCACUAUGAUCAGCGAGAUUGUUAAAGAGAAGAAGUAUCAGAGUCGAGCGUUUCUUAUUUUACCAAUGACUUUCAACGUCGGUGUUAUUAUUGGACCCAUACUUGGUGGCAUCUUGGCCGAUCCGGUCGGCAGUUACCCUUCUGUUUUUGGGCCGGGUUCUUCUCUUGGAGGAAGAGAUGGAGUGCACUGGAUGAUUAAGUGGCCCUACGCAUUGCCCAAUCUGCUGAGUGCUGUCUUCUUACUUGUGGCAGCACUCAGUAUCUUCUUCUUUUUGGAAGAGACUUCCGAACUCUGCAAACACAACUUCGACCCUGGGCUCCAGAUCGGUCGGUGGAUUCGAAAACACAUUUUUCGCGAAAGAUCUGCAUCUGGGUAUGAGUCAAUACCUUUCUCACACGACGAAUGGGCAUCGGCAGCAUCAUUGGAACUCCAACCUACACCGACUGAUGAAAAUUAUUCGCCCAUGCAAGCAAGGCAGCCGUCUUCCAAGAGAAAUAAGCUGCCUUUCAAGCGUAUAUGGACAACAAACGUGAUGAUGACCCUCUUAUCCCAUUUCAUCAUGGCCUGCCACGUAGGCACUUUCAACUCACUCUGGUUCAUCUAUCUAUCAGCACCUCGACACGAUCCAUCAAAUCCCAAAUCUUCCAAUCUAGCUCCGCGCGACUUUUUCCAUUUCACCGGUGGCCUUGGUCUACCUCCAGCGCGAAUCGGACUCGCACUUGCGAUUCUAGGUGCAAUAGGAAUAACGAUACAGCUGUUCGUGUACCCCAAACUUGCGGGACGCCUCGGACCUGUAUAUAGUCUACGAUUGUUCUUUCUCAUGUUCCCGGUUACGUACCUCCUAACCCCGUUUCUCAGCACUGUUCCUAGUUCCGAGAAACCUCCCGCUGGAGCCUCCGGACCUUUGAUUUGGAUCGCUAUCACGCUUGUGCUUCUCAUCCAAACUACCGGCCGCACCUUCAGUUUGCCCAGUAUGACUAUAUUAGUCAACAACUGCUGUCCCCACCCUUCUGUUCUAGGAACGGUCCAUGGGCUCGGGCACUCUUGUUCAAGCUUAAGCAGAACUGUUGGACCGAUCUUCUUUGGAUGGUUAUUUGGGAAAGGUCUGGACAUUGGUAUGGUGGGAUUGGCUUGGUGGGUUCUCGCUUGCGUGGCUAUGGCUGGAAGUUUCGUUGCGCAGUUUCUCAAGGAAGGCGAUGGUCAUGAAAUCCUGCUGGAAGGGGAAGUCCGAGGUCCAGAUGGAGUUGUCAGAAGGGAAGAUUAAGUGAUAGUAUU